AUGUCAAAUUGGUUUAAAGUUGCUAUCGAACAAAAAUACAUUACAUUAUUUGAGCAUGAUUCUUUCCAGAAUUGGGGUGAAAUAGGUAGAGGAGGAUCUGGUACUAUAUAUAGUGCUUAUUCAAGAGAUAUUGAAAAAACUAUAGCUUUAAAGAGUUUACAUUACGAUGAUAAUGUUUCAUUGAAUGCCUUCAUUAAAGAA